UCUGCCUUUGACAGAAAAACUGGGUUGCGAGUGGCUGUGAAAAAACUGUCUAGACCAUUUCAGUCCAUCAUUCAUGCCAAAAGGACCUACAGAGAACUACGGUUACUUAAACAUAUGAAACAUGAAAAUGUGAUUGGUCUGUUGGAUGUGUUCACACCUGCUAAGUCACUGGAAGAAUUCAAUGAUGUGUACCUCGUGACCCACCUCAUGGGGGCUGAUCUAAACAACAUUGUGAAAUGUCAGAAGCUCACAGAUGACCAUGUACAGUUUCUUAUAUACCAAAUUCUUCGGGGACUGAAGUACAUCCAUUCGGCUGAUAUAAUACACAGAGACUUAAAGCCUAGUAACCUAGCUGUAAAUGAAGACUGUGAGCUGAAGAUUCUGGAUUUUGGUUUGGCCCGGCACACAGAUGAUGAGAUGACUGGAUAUGUGGCUACCAGGUGGUACAGGGCUCCUGAGAUUAUGCUGAACUGGAUGCAUUACAACCAGACAGUUGAUAUUUGGUCAGUUGGGUGCAUUAUGGCUGAGCUGUUGACUGGACGAACAUUGUUUCCUGGUACAGACCAUAUUGAUCAGUUGAAGCUCAUUUUGAGACUCGUUGGAACCCCAGGUCCUGAGCUUUUGAAGAAAAUCUCCUCAGAGUCUGCAAGAAACUACAUCCAGUCUUUGUCCUACAUGCCAAAGAUGAAUUUUGAAAAUGUGUUUAUUGGUGCCAAUCCACUGGCUGUGGACUUGCUGGAGAAGAUGCUGGUGCUGGACACAGACAAGCGAAUUACUGCAGCUGAGGCAUUGGCCCAUGGCUAUUUCUCUCAGUACCAUGACCCAGAUGACGAACCAGUGGCAGACCCCUAUGACCAGUCUUUUGAAAGCAGAGAACUCGAGAUUGAGGAAUGGAAAAGUCUGACCUAUGAUGAAGUAGUCAGCUUUGUGCCACCCCCGCUUGACCAAGAGGAGAUGGAGUCCUGAGAAACUGUCUCUCUUCUGUUUGUCCCACUUCACUGUGAGGGGAAGGCCUUUUCAUAGGAACUCUCCAAAUAUCAUUCAAGUGCCUCUUGUCACAAAGAUAUUCUCCUUGGUGGAAGGGUGGUGUGUGGGUGUGUGUUUGUGUGUGUAUUGAAUGGGGGGAGGGAGGAAGGCUGACUGUAUGUAAACAUGCUGCAUGCUAUCUUGUAUUCUGUGUACAGCUUAUGGCAAGCCUCUGAAUACCUAAUUGUGACUCACGUUUUUUUUAGCCCUUCCAGAGUAACAGCAGCCAAUUUUCACUGCUGCUGGGGUAAGGCAGACAUAAUGCAAGGAAGCUCAGUUAAUUCUCAAGUCACAUUUUUUUGCCAUUAAAAUGGUUUUCCUAUGAGGAAGUGACUCUCCAGAUAAUGGAAAGUAGCUGUAUACUUGAACAGCUUUCUACAGCAACAGAUUUGGGGCGAGGGAUGUCUUUGCCUCUUUCCAGUAUUGUAUACCAGCAAAAAGUCUGAAUAUCUGUUUGGUUCUUGAAACACGAGAAGAAUUUGUCUGACAAUGUAAAUAUGUUUUGUGCCUUAAAUGAAUGAAAAAAGCAAAAGUGAGUCUGGAGUUAACAUUCUUGAAUGGAAUUCUGGGCCCAUUGUUUUCCAUGGGUUGCAGGUAGCCAGGCAUGAACACUAUAACCAGAAAGUAUAUCCAGGGAACAGCCUCUUUGCCCCCGGAUUGGCAAUCACCAUGUCUCCUGUUCCUCUCCUUCUGAGGUUUCCUGUCAUUCACGGCCAGUUGGUACAGGCAGAGGCUGGAGAGGAUUCAUGCUGUGUCUAUGUGCUUAUAUACUUUAUUCCAAACAAGAUGAGGUAUUUUUUGCAUGUUGUAGCUAUAUGAGCAUGUACACCUACUUUUGUUUCAUUAUCUUGGAGGAGAGCACUGGGGCUUUAAGGCUGCCAGUGAAGUACUGUACUGAGUUUUUCUGUAGAAAAAUCACAGAAUCCUCCCUCUUGUAGCACAACUCAUUGUGAACAUAUCUGCCAUUCAAGGUGCUUUGAUAAAAAAAAAAGGAUAAAAUAUAUGGGAUAGAUAAACAUGCACAUAUUUCUUUGUCCUGGUCUUUUUGUUUUCAAAAUAUUUGUGUAUUUAUACAGUAAAGGCUAAAGUCUUUCAAAGGAGAAGCUGAACACGAGACAAUUUAAUUGUCCAAACUUAGAAGUUAUUUUGCCCCCAAAAAGAAAUGCUUGGAGUCCAAAACAAAGAAUAAGCACGCAUGAAGUCAGAACCUCCCUUUUGCGGUCUGUAUCUGUAUGUGUGUAUAAUUAAAACGUUAAUAAGGUUAUUUUUUACGCUCCUGGAAAAGAGCUUUUUGGCUAUUUUAGUGGGUUGAUUUCUGCCUGAGGAAACAGAAAAAGGGAGUAUGUUUCAAGAUAAAGUUGAUUAAAAUAUUUUUUAUUUGACAGGGAGCCUGUGUGAAUGAAAUGGCCAACUUCAGGGACUGGGUGGGAGGAAAGUGUCUUUCAGUAUUUUGUAUAUUGCAGCUGUCCGGUGUGGCUCAGAUGCCUUUUUUUAGGCUAUAGGGGAAAAGGCAUUUUCAUAAGUUCAUGUAUUGCAGGCAUCUCCUGUGUGGGAAGAGCUGGGCUUUUGCAGUAUUUUGUAUUCUGGUGGAUCUCCACUCCUUUGAUGUAGGAGUGGAGAGCGGCUGUUUUAAUGUAUUUAUUCCUAUAUGCAUAAAGAGGCAGCACAAAAGAGUUGGGAGGUGGAUGACAAAGCCAUCAUUUUUUCCUAGUACACUUUUCGGCGAUCUCUCUUCAGGUCAGACCCUCUUAGAGAAGCCUGGGAUGGUGUGGGGAGAGUAAUUCUUUCAUGCCUUGGGUACAGAACUCUCCCCAUGACCAAAUGAAAUUGACAGUAGAAAAUCUCUUCCUCUGCUGGAUUUACAGUCCAGGUAUUUAAAUGGAAAUGUAGAUAUAAUCUGUAAACCUACAGCAAGACUAUUUUUAUCAGCCAUGUUAUGUGCAGAUGCUACAGUGUGAUUUCAUGCAGAAAUAUUGCUAAAGAUUUUUUAACUAUAGACAUCGCAUGUAUGAGUGGAAAUGUUUCCAAGUCUAGACUCUAAUGGGAGCCCGUGGGGCAUGCACUCCGUUUUCAGAGCAGUGCUAUGCUGCUGCUUAAACAGAAGUACACACUUCAAAAAAGAAAUUCUGCUAUUUUGUUUGUAUCCAUGAACUUUGCUGUAAUCGGUUAUGCCAUAUAGGAUGUCACACAAUACCACUGAUUUAAAAUAAAACCUAUUUUUCAGA